CCAAAACAUGUCUUCCGAGUUUGACGAUUGCGAGAUGUCCCAAGUUAUUGAACAACUGUUGCUAUAAAGUGCUUGUAAAGCGGGCGAGCUAGUCAUGGUUUAUUUUGAGGAUAACUUUUGGGGAGAGAAGAAUAAUGGAUACGAUGUUCUAUAUCAUACUAUGAAGCAUGGCAUUAAUGCUAGUCGAGAGUUGGCAGAUUUCAUCCGUGACAGAGCUGCCAUCGAAGAAGGCUAUGCAAAAUCAUUGGGGAAAAUUUGCAAAGCAACAAACACGGGCAUAUCCCUGGGUACGUUUGAGCCAUGUUGGAAUAUUGUUAAGAAGUCUACAGAAAUAUUGGCAAAUUCAUUUUCUAAGGCUGUCCAAGAGCUUCAUGAUUUAAUGAAAGUGAUCCGAGAUUAUGGUGAAUUACAAAAAGAAAACCAGAAAUCUUUGAAAGAUGACUUAAAUGCAACAUUAGAAGUUGUUCAAUCAAUUCAAACCAAAACUGCAGCAGUUAUUAAGGCCAAAGACACAUACUACUCAAGAUGUCAGGAAUUUGAACGUGUCAAGAAAGAAACAACGAAUGCUAAAGACAUUGAAAAGGCAGAGCAGAAGAAAAUCCGCGCAGGAGAGGAGUACAAAUCUUUGGUUGAGAAACGGGAGGAAGUUAGGAAAUUGUUUCAUGCUAAAAUGAUUGAGACGUCAAAGAAAUUUGAAGAAAUAGAAAUGAAUCACUUGAAAUGUAUGUCGGAACAUUUGAUUUCGUAUAUUGGAACUCUUGAAAAAGGCCAGGGAGAAGUUCAUGAGGUUAUCGCUCAUUUUAGAACUCAGGUUAAAGAGUUGACAAGCGACAAGUUGCUGGAUCAAUUUGUAAAAGACAAAGGAACUGGUAAAAUAGUGCCAGUUGAAAUAUUCUUUGAAGAGUUUGCUGCCACGGGAUCACUUGUUGACCUUGGUAUAGAGGAGUCACCAAAUCUUAAUAAUAGAUCACAAUCUGUGUCAGAUAAAACUUCUAAGGCACCAUUUCGUAAAAAAAAGAAAGAAAAGGAUAAAGAAAAAGAUAAGGAAAAGAAAGAAAAAAAGCCUAAGAGAAAGAAAGAGAAGGAAAAACUACAAACUCCUAAUGGAACCAUCGAGGCAAGUCCGGAUACUAAUCCCCCUGAAGCCUUACCAGGGAGCGAUGACAAGGUAGAAGUGGACGAAGAGGGAUACAGGAUAAUCCCGAAGGAUACAGACAGUCACAAAUCCAACGAAAGUUCCAGUUCUGACUCCGAUGACGAUGACGAACCUAAGAAAAUAAAAAUCACGAUUAAACCACCGGCUGAAAAGACCACAGCGAGCUUGGACGAGUUUCGAUCAAUUCAGCUCACUCUUCCAAUCCCACCGCAAAAGAAAACUGAACCAUUGUCAGCAGAUGGUGAUUUUCCAAAAUCAACAUUCCUUAAUGGCUCAAGUGUUCAGUCUUCUGUUAAACUAUCCAAAUCUCAAGAAGAUCUUCUUUCAAUUGACUUCAGUCAGCCAGCAAUCAGCAGCGCGUCCGUGAUACCGACAUCACCAACAACAACGCCAACAUCAAGUUCACAACCAAAUCAACAUCCAAAUGCUUCUACAAUCAAUUCUCCUUCAACAAAUAGCGCUCCAGUCAUUGAAUUAGGGAAACCAAUUUCAGCAGACAGCGAUGAUAACCCACCGGAGCUGGCUCCUAAAAAGCGAAUAUCAGGCAUCAGUAUCAAUCAUUCAAACGAAUCUUCACCAGCAUUGCCUCCUAAGAAAUCAACUUUGGCAAUGGCAUCUUUCGGAAGUACUGGAUCUCUGACGGACACUUCUACUCACACAGAAAAGGAAGCUGAUGAAUCAAUACAAUCGCCACCAGAAACUCUUUCUUUCCUCGCUCCUCGACGAUCCGAUAUACCGAGGGCCACAUCUGCUGGUAGCUUGAAUAUUCCUGCCUCACGACCAAGACCCAAGCCUCGUCUUAGUGGUACAGGUAAUGAACUAUCUUCUGGUGCUCUUUCACUAAAACAAAAUUUUGAUCCAACAAGAACAUAUGCCUCUCCAACACCAAGUACCGAGUCGUUACCUACUACAUCCGCUGAUGUUUAUGCCCGCAUAUCUGGCGCUGCGGAGGAUCCUGGAGGACCAACAAAGACCAUAUGGGAUAGAAUAAACAGUCCUAGUACACAACGAGCUGCACGUGGAAGUACUUCACCCGUUGUUUCCGUUCGUGGCAUGGGAAGUAUUUUACAGCCUACGAUGGUAAAUGCGUCCGCAGGCAGUCAAGUGACUAAAAAGAAUGAAGAAAUUAUUCCAGUUGCCGUCGCAUUAGUGGAGACUGUUCACGCUCACUUUAAGGGAAAAGAUACGUCAAGGCACAGUGUAACAGGUGAUGUGACAGUCUCAUUUCCAGCAAGUGCGAUCACAUCUUUAUCAUCAAGGGAUGAACCUCCUGUACUAACUUUUGCCAUUACUGGAUCAGGAUUGUUGGAAAAUGUUUUGCCAAACAAAUCUCUUAUCGCGAGUGACGAACCAGCAGAAGAUAGAGAUGCGAAAUAUUUUAAAUUCAAAAUGCCUGCUUUGACGGCGCAUUUGAAGAAACUGGCCGAGCAAGGGCAAGCACCUUACUAUAAUAUUGAUAUUCUUAAAUAUCAGGUUCAACAUAAUAUACCAUUGCUUCCGCUGGCUUUAAGUUGUUAUUGGAAAUGUGAAGAGAAGACUACAGAUGUCAGAUUAGAUUACCAAUAUUCACCAUCGUGUUUAUCUGUUGCUUCACCUCUCCAUAAUGUCUCUGUUGUCGUACCUGUUAACGGAGGAGUCGAAAUUAUGCAGUCCAAGCCGAUGGCCAAAUGGUCUAAAGAACAUAACAAAGCACUCUGGCAAAUUCAAGAAUUAUCAAAUAAUUCCGAGGGCCAAGGUUCUAAUUCCCUAAGAGCUCGAUUCGAUCUUAAAGACGGACCCAGUACCGCGCAGACAAUUGCCGUGCAAUUUCAAUGUAAUGGCUCAACUCUAUCGAAAAUUGAUUUUCAACUUAAUACGGAUAAUUAUAAACUAUCCUUGGUAAAAAGAAAGAUUGUAACAGGAAAAUACAUGGCAGAUCCAAGGUAGCUGUCUGAAAGAAUGUAAUUUAUUAUGAAUAAUUGCAAAUAUAUGUACAGUAUAAUGAACUAAUACAACACCAGCAUGGUAAGAAUUUUAUAGAUUAUUAGACUAGGUAUUCUUUUAGUAUCAGUUUACAUUAUGUUAUGGUGGAACAAGCCUUCGUGAGAAUUUUACUUGUAAUUUCAAAACAUGGGAACACCGUGGUCAAUUGUGAACUCGUGCGUUUCUUUUGCUCCCGAGAAAAUUAGAAAGAGGUCGACCGGUUGUACGGUGGAUAGGCUCGAAAAAAGAAGCAAAUUAAUAGAGGGAAGUUAAGAGACGGAGAGAGCUUUUAUUAGUGCUAACCCCAUUUUUAUUCCGCGUUUACGUCCAUUUUCUUAAAUCCACGCGUUUGCGAAUUGGCCAUAGUGUUCUUUUUAUAUAUUCGUAAAUGCUGUGAUUUCAAACUUCACCUGCACUGCGCACCCAGGGUGUUUCCAAAAAACGAAACGAAACAGCAGUUUUUUAGGCCUAGUUUAUCUGUCGCGUCGAAUGCAUUUGCAACAAUUGAAAAUGAGAUGAUAAACCUCGUCAGGCUCAUCUAUUGUUUCAAUUGCAUUAGACGCAACCAAAUUUCCUUUCUCGAUCAUAUAACAAAAUAGUACUGGAAUAUUGAAAAUGCAGAAGUACACAAACUAGUCGACUUUCGACUGACAACAUUAGCGUCAAUUUUUGUUCCGUUUUCGUGCCACACCCUUGUGGAGAAGCGGCUGACAGCGAGUUGUCCUCUCUCCUUUUUUACAACUGGAUAAAUACGAGCAUAUGCUUGGUUAUUGUUGCACACUGUACAUAAAGAAGCGUAUAAAGAUUAGUUCGGUGGAAUCCGAGAAGUGAAAUAAGUAUAGCUUAUAGUUGGGUAUAUAUCUCAUACGGUUAAGUUGGUGCUUUCGGACAGACACACUAUAGUAUACAAUGAUAACCAGACAUGUGUUUUUUUGCAGUGUUCAGUGUUGCACAAAGACCUUUUUUAUAAUGACAUUGAACGCAGAACCCUGGUUUCACACGAAGUUUGAUUCCGUGUAACACCAACACCUGGCUUUCCGCGUUAACGUCAUUAUGAGAAGGUCUUUUGGGUGAAAACGUUGUCGUGUUAGCAGUGGUAAUACUUUAUAAUAUUAAUGUACCCUGAAUACAACUAUAUCAACUACAGCCCUUAUCUUGUCCCCAGUUCUCACAUACCAAACUUUUAAUGAUGUAUGUGCAAAAAUAGGGAGCGGGUUCUCCCAAGGCGUGCACAAACUCUGGACGAUAGCUGGCCUAUGCUUGGGGGCAUAAGUUUUUAACACGUGACAAUAUGUCUUAUAUAAGCAACAGGUAGAACGUUGAUGGUUGUAUAUAGGGUACCUUGAAUACCUUCAGCAAUUGAAACAACUCAUUUGAAGGCUUUAAAUUGUUGGAAUGUGUGUCGAUCCUUCUUCAUGCAUUUCUACAUGGUAAGCUGCCAUGUUUUUGUUUAAAUGCUAUCGUAUCAAAAAUAGUUCAGAACAAUUUCAAAAACCCUAAGAGACAAUCAUGACACGUCUGAAAUUAUACAAUAUAAAUUAAAGCACUUUAAUCCACACCUUUGCGUAGCGUAGUGUAUAUAUUAAGAACUUACUGACUGA